AUGUUGGCAGCACGACUAAGGCCAGCAGCCACGCAAUUCGGCAAAUUCAUCGUGCCCUUGCGAGCACGUUACAGCACAGAACAGAGCUAUGAACACAUAAAAGUGUCAAGCCCUCGACCAGGCGUCGGUCUGGUCGAAAUUAACCGCCCCAAAGCCCUCAACGCCCUUUUUACCCCGCUUAUCCUCGAACUCAACUCCGCCAUGAAAGCCUUCGACAAGGACUCCACCAUUGGCGCCAUGGUCCUGACUGGCUCCCACAAGGCCUUCGCAGCUGGCGCGGAUAUCAAGGAGAUGUCAACAAAAGACUUCGCGGAUGCGUAUGGUGACGACUUCAUCGAGUCCUGGUCGGAUCUGCCCAACACGAUCAAGAAGCCUGUCAUUAGUGCCGUGAAUGGCCAUGCCCUUGGAGGAGGCUGUGAGCUCGCCAUGAUGUGCGACGUCUUAUACUGCUCCGAGAAAGCGAACUUCGGACAGCCAGAGAUUAAGCUCGGAGUAAUCCCCGGUGCAGGUGGAUCGCAGCGAUUGACGAAGGCGAUAGGGAAGAGCAGGGCUAUGGAGCUGAUUUUGACGGGAAAGAACUUCUCAGGACGGGACGCGUUCGACUGGGGACUGGCCGCAAGGGUCUUCAGCACGCCAGAGGAAUGUGUCGAUGGUGCGUUGGAUACUGCUGAGGCUAUUGCUGGCUACAGUAGGAUCGCAGUGAAGGCUGCGAAAGAAGUUGUGAAUAAGAGCCAGGAUUUAGGGAUUAGAGAGGGUGUGGAGUUUGAGAGGAGGGUGUUCCACGGCCUGUUUGGAAGUGAGGAUCAAAAGAUCGGCAUGAAGGCUUUCGCGGAGAAGAAGAAGGCGGAGUGGAAGCAUAGGUGA